AUGAUAAAGCACAAUUCUUCCGUCCCUUACUACAGCGUGUCUGUGAUUUUUACUUCCUAUGGCUCGCUCAGCUCCCUCCACCAUCUCUAUUUCACUCUUGCGCUCGUGGUGUAUCUUAUCACUCUCGUUGCGAAUAUUUUCCUCAUGGUGGUUAUCUACAUGGAGCCAAGCCUGCAUAAGCCCAUGUAUAUAUUUUUGUUUAACCUGGCUCUGAACGGACUAUAUGGAAGCUCUGCUUUUUAUCCUCAACUCCUGGACAAUCUUCUCUCUGAAGUUCAGGGAAGCUCCUAUGUAGGCUGUCUAGUCCAAGUCUUCUGCAUGAGCAGUUAUGCGACCUGUGCGUACGCAAUCCUGACUGUCAUGGCGUACGACCGCUACGUCUCCAUCUGUAAACCACUGCUGUACUAUAGAAUAAUCACGAAUGAAAAAGUGAAGAGACUUCUAAUGUUUUCUUAUUUUUUUCCCGUGUUGGGCACAUCUAUUAAUACAGUGUUGACAGCCAGACUCCCAUUGUGUGAGCUGAAAAUACACAGGCUGUUUUGUGACAACUGGGCAGUUGUCAAGAACUCUUGCAUCAAUACCAACUUGAAUAAUGUCUUCGGACUCCUUCUGAUAGUUAUUUUUGUCAUCCUCCCAAUGUUCUUUGUUAUUUUUACAUACUCUAAAAUACUGAUGAUAAGCCUGAAGACUUCAAAGGAAGCACAAAGGAAAGCCCUGAGCACAUGUGCGCCCCAUUUAAUCACUUUCAUCAACUUCUCCAUUGCUGUUCUGUUUGCUUUGAUAUACAAUCGCUUUGACGUGCAGCAGGUACCAGCUGGUGUCAAUAUCAUGAUAUCAGUGCAUUUUGUUGUGAUACCUCCUCUGUUGCACCCCAUUAUAUACGGGAUCAGGACUCAGGAAAUCAGGAAAUGUAUUCGAAAGCUGCUUGGUAAAAAGGCAAGUAUAACUCAACCCGGGGCUCACUUUAAGAAAGCGUCGUCAAUCACUGUACCAAUGUGCUAA